CUAGCCCCCGAAAAAAAUCCCCAAUCCCCAAUCGGAGACAGAGAGAGAUGGCCGGCGCCGCGGAAGGGGAAGCUCGUCCCCUCGUCGUCGUCGGAAGGGGAGCGCGCCGGUCAGCCAAGGUUUCUGCCGCUGCCGCGGAAGGGGAGACUCGUUCCCUCGUCGGAGCCAAGGUGAUGGGGCCUCGCCUCAGCCUCAGCCUUUCUCCGGAUGCUCUGGACCUGAUUGCGAGGAGGGAGGCCUUGCUCUCGGAGUGGGCCUCCUCGGAGCCACAGCCAGAGCCUCAAGCUUCAGCGUCGCCCUGGUCCCUCAUCUUGUCCCGUUGCCUACCAUCAUCCCUACAGCCACAGCCUGAGCCUGAACCAUUCGACAGGGUCGAACACAACUGGAACAGUUCUAUGAUGAUGAUGAUGCCGAGCCCCUCUGAGGUAGCAGCAGCUCAAGAUCAUCAACUCGUCAUGGAAUGCCUUCGCCACUAUAACUUAAAUCAUCCGGAAAAUGAGUACGUACCUGCCCCUGGCAAGGUGACCAGAUACAGCAGUCCUCACAAUGGUUCUUGCUGGACUCAUGGCAACUUCGUCGCUAGCCCCAAGCACUCCGGCUACUUCUCCUUACUUCCCCCUAGACCAACUCUCUUCUUUUAUGAGCUUGUUACCAAAGAUGGUUUUGAAGGAGUUGUUUCGUGCACCCCGCUAGAUGAGCCUGUUACUGAAGCCUACAGUUUGUUUGGCCUUCAUCUUGCGUGGGGAACUCGUCGUGAUGGCAGUUCGGAUUGCCUUUGCAAGACAUGCAACCGUCUUGUUGAUAGCGAGGUUCCUUCUGUGGGGAAAGCAUUUCCGUGUGGACAUUACAAGGCAGAGCGUGUUUGUCAGAUGUGCUAUCUUCAGUCUGAAGUGCUGCAUCCAUCGCCAGAAAAAUUUGCGUUUGGAAAAUGAUGACUAGAGCUGGCUGAGCACUCAAUCUAUCAUUUGUGGAUAGGAAAGACUCGUAAUAUUAAUUAUGUCUUCCCUGGUGGAAAGACAUGCCUUAGGUUGCUGGUUGUGCUGCUGCAUAUUAAUUAUGUCUUCCCUGGUGGAAUGCCCCAUGCUACUAUGUAGUAUUGUGAAACAGAUGAUGGCUCUGGCGUAAAAUA